AUGGGUCUCGUGGAGGAAAUUUAUGGACCACAAAUAGAGGAAGAACAGUCGUCUGCCAGUGUAUACGAGUACCAAAACACCCCGGAGAACCGGUCAUGGGCCGGGGCUCUGCCCGUGAAGCAGGGUCUUUACGACCCUGAGUACGAGAAAGAUGCGUGUGGUGUUGGCUUCGCUGCCCACAUAAAGGGCAAUGCGAGCCACAAGAUCAUCAGCGAUGCACAAAACCUACUAUGCAACAUGACCCAUCGAGGGGCCGUUGGCUCCGACGCCCGAGACGGCGAUGGCGCAGGUGUCAUGACCUCGAUGCCCCACAAAUUCUUCAUCAAGAACUUCGCAAAGGAGACAGGGUUCGAUCUGCCUCCGCAGGGUCAGUACGCUGCAGGAAAUCUCUUUUUCAAACCUGACACAGAGAUCCUUAAGGAGUCCACAACCAAGUUCGAUGACAUCGCGGAAGAUUUGGGCCUGAGGGUGCUCGGGUGGCGAGAGGUACCUCGGGAUUCAAGCUUGCUGGGGCCAGCGGCGCUUUCAAGAGAGCCAUUGAUCCUGCAGCCUUUCGUCGUUUUGAAGUCGGCUUAUGGCAAUGGGAAUGCACCGGAGAUCACGGAUGCUGAAAACUUCGACGAGCUACAUUUCGAGCGUCAGCUCUACGUUCUACGAAAGCGCGCCACCCAUACCAUUGGCCUACACAAUUGGUUCUACCUGUGCUCGCUGAGCAACAAGAACAUCGUGUAUAAGGGCCAGCUGUCACCCGUCCAGGUGUACCAGUACUACCAUGAUUUGGUGUCUGUCGACUAUGAAGGCCACUUUGCCCUGGUGCAUUCGCGAUUUUCGACCAACACAUUCCCCAGCUGGGAUCGGGCUCAGCCACUGCGAUGGGCAGCUCACAACGGUGAAAUUAAUACGCUACGAGGCAACAAGAACUGGAUGAGAGCAAGAGAGGGUGUCAUGAAGUCAGACUUCUUCAAAGACGAGCUGGAUCAAUUAUACCCGAUCGUUGAGGACGGAGGUUCUGAUUCCGCCGCUUUCGAUAAUGUGCUCGAGCUUUUGACCAUCAACGGGGUUCUCUCCCUCCCCGAAGCCAUUAUGAUCAUGAUACCCGAGGCUUGGCAGGACAAUGCUGCGAUGGACCCUGAGAAGGCCGCAUUUUAUGAAUGGGCAGCUUGUUUGAUGGAGCCUUGGGAUGGCCCAGCGCUCUUCACCUUCGCCGAUGGCAGAUACUGCGGUGCAAACCUGGACAGAAAUGGAUUACGACCUUGCAGAUACUAUGUUACGGACGAUGACCGUAUUGUCUGUGCAUCCGAGGUCGGGACGAUUGCUAUUGAACCAGAGAAAAUUGUGCAAAAAGGCCGACUGCAGCCUGGCAAAAUGCUUCUCGUUGAUACUGUAGCAGGUCGCAUCGUAGAUGACGCAGAGCUCAAGCACAAUGUGUCUACUCGACAAGAUUUCAGAUCAUGGCUGCAAAAGGAACUCAUAGAGCUUCCUAGCGUAUACCAGCGUCUUGAUGAGGGGGGCAUGGAUCUUGGGUACAAGCUCAAUGAAACCAAAGUGCAGGAAGAUCCGAUGUUGAAGGCCUUCGGCUACUCAUUUGAACAAGUCAGUCUGCUACUGGGCCCCAUGGCUGCAGACUCGAAGGAAGCGCUGGGCUCAAUGGGCAACGACGCACCUCUCGCAUGUCUCGCGCAACAGCCACGACUUCUUUAUGAGUACUUCCGUCAGCUCUUUGCCCAAGUCACUAAUCCUCCCAUCGAUCCCAUCCGUGAGGCCAUCGUCAUGUCUUUAGAAUGCUACGUUGGUCCUCAAGGCAAUUUGCUCGAGAUGGGCUCAUCCCAGUGCCACCGUCUGAUGCUUCCCUCUCCUGUUCUUUCCAUCCAGAAUUUUAACGCCGUGAAGAACAUUACUACACUGUAUCGCGAGUGGACCGUCAAGUCGAUUGACAUCACGUUCCCCAAGGAGGAGGGCAUCCAGGGCUACAUUGAUGCAUUGGACCGGAUUUGCGAGUCGGUAACGGAAGGAAUCGAGAACAAGGACAGAGUGAUCAUCUUGUCUGAUCGAAACACCAACGCCGAGCGCGUUCCUGUCUCUGCACUUUUGGCUACUGGCAUGGUCCAUCACCAUAUGGUCCGCAACAAGUGGCGAUCCCAGGCAGCUCUCAUCGUUGAGACUGCUGAGGCUCGUGAAGUGCAUCACAUGUGUGUCCUGCUUGGCUACGGUGUCGAUGCUGUCUGUCCCUACUUGGCCAUGGAGUGUAUCCUCAAGAUGAAUCGCGAGGGGCUUAUCAGGAAGAAAUUGUCUGAUGAGCAAAUCAUUGACAACUACAAGUAUUCUUGCGAUGGAGGGAUCCUGAAGGUCAUGAGCAAGAUGGGUAUCUCUACACUGCAAAGCUACAAAGGGGCACAGAUUUUCGAAGCUCUGGGAGUCGAUAACAGUGUGGUUGACCAAUGUUUCACUGGAACAGCUACCCGCAUCAGUGGCAUGACUUUCGAGCUUAUCGCCCAAGAUGCUUUCGCUUUCCACGAGAAGGGCUUCCCAACUCGUGACAUUCACAAUAUUCCUGGUCUGGCGGAAUCCGGCGAAUACCAUUGGCGAGAUGGGGGUGAACCCCACGUCAAUGACCCGGUGGCUAUUGCCAACAUCCAGGAUGCGGUCCGAACAAAGAACGACAAGUCUUAUGAGGCAUAUUCUAUGUCAGAAUAUGAGGCGAUCAAGAACUGCACUCUCCGUGGCAUGCUGGACUUUGACUUUGACCAGAGAGUUUCUAUACCCAUCGAUCAAGUUGAACCAUGGACGGAGAUAGUGCGUCGCUUUGUCACUGGUGCCAUGUCCUACGGCUCAAUCUCCAUGGAGUCCCACUCAACUUUGGCCGUCGCCAUGAACAGACUCGGCGGCAAGUCAAACACUGGUGAAGGCGGUGAAGACCCCGAGCGGAGCCAGAUCCUUGAGAACGGAGAUACCAUGCGCUCUGCUAUCAAGCAGGUCGCCUCUGGCCGAUUUGGUGUGACAUCCAACUAUCUGGCCGAUUCUGAUGAGCUACAAAUCAAGAUGGCUCAGGGCGCUAAGCCCGGUGAGGGUGGCGAAUUGCCAGGCCACAAAGUUUCUGGACCCAUCGCUCGCACAAGACAUUCAACUGCCGGCGUUGGUCUCAUCUCGCCUCCUCCGCAUCACGACAUCUACUCCAUUGAAGAUCUCAAGCAGUUGAUCUACGAUCUCAAAUGCGCCAACCCUCGAGCACGUGUAUCAGUGAAACUGGUCUCUGAAACCGGUGUUGGUAUCGUUGCCUCAGGUGUCGCAAAGGCCAAAGCAGACCACCUGUUGAUUUCUGGACAUGACGGAGGAACUGGUGCCUCUCGAUGGACUGGUAUCAAGUACGCCGGUCUGCCAUGGGAGCUUGGCCUUGCGGAGACUCACCAGACUCUGGUGCUCAACGAUCUCCGAGGGCGUAUCAUUGUACAGACUGAUGGUCAGCUACGUACAGGCCGAGAUGUCGCAAUUGCAUGUUUGUUGGGCGCUGAAGAGUUUGGAUUUGCUACCGCUCCUCUCAUUGCCAUGGGGUGUAUUAUGAUGAGGAAAUGCCACCUGAACACAUGCCCUGUCGGCAUUGCGUCUCAGGACAAAGCACUUCGUGCCAAAUUUCAAGGCACGCCCGAGCAUGUCAUCAACUUCUUCUACUACGUCUCUAACGAGCUCCGAGCCAUCAUGGCUAAGCUUGGCUUCCGCAACGUCAAUGAAAUGGUUGGCCACGUUGAGACCCUGAAGAUGCGCGAAGACCUCCGUACACCCAAGACCGAAAACCUGGACUUUGGCCUCAUCCUUACCCCAGCCCAUCAACUGCGACCCGGUGUUGCGACUUAUAACGUGCGAAAGCAAGACCAUAAGCUACACGUCAGACUCGAUAACAAGCUCAUCUUUGAAUCCGAGCUGGCUCUCGAGAAAGGCCGACCCUGCCGUAUUGAGUGUGACAUUGUCAACACUGAUCGGGCAUUGGGCGCGACACUGUCUUACCAGAUCAGCAGACGAUAUGGUGAAGCGGGUCUUCCUCAAGACACCAUCCAUGCGAACAUCAAGGGCUCAGCUGGUCAAUCUUUCGGUGCCUUCCUAGCCCCUGGUGUCACUCUAGAAUUGGAAGGUGACUCCAACGACUAUGUUGGCAAAGGUCUUUCUGGCGGUCGUCUGAUCAUCUACCCACCUCGAUCUGCAGUCUUCAAGGCUGAAGAGAACGUCUUGAUUGGAAACGUUUGCUUGUACGGUGCGACAGGCGGGACUUGCUACUUCCGUGGUAUGGCAGCCGAGCGCUUCGCAGUCCGGAAUUCGGGCGCCACUGCCGUCGUGGAGGGCGUUGGUGAUCAUGGAUGUGAGUAUAUGACUGGUGGACGUGUUCUGAUCUUGGGCGGCACCGGUCGCAACUUCGCUGCCGGUAUGUCUGGCGGUAUUGCAUAUGUUCUUGACAUGAACCAGGACUUCGAAUCCAAGGUCAACACUGAGAUGGUCGAGAUCUCCAGUAUUGAAGAUCCAUCUGAAAUUGCUUUUGUCCGUGGCUUGAUCGAAGAUCAUCAUCACUAUACUGGCUCUGAGCUUGCUGCUCGUGUCCUGUUGGACUUCAACCGCGCUUUGUCAAGGUUCAUCAAGGUCUUGCCCACGGACUACAAGCGUGUCAUGGCUGAAGAGGCUGCCAAGGCAGAGGCUGCAAAGAAGGCGGAAUACCCAUUGCCUAUAUUGCCAGGCAACGCGGUACGGUCCAACCACGAGGAAUCGAGGAAAAAGAUGCACGAGAAAGAAGCUCACGAGAAAAAGAAGGAUAUGCUCGAUAUUGAGGAGAGUGUGGGUGACAACAAGGCAGAGAAGAAGAGAUCUGCGCUGGUUUUGGAUAAGACUAAGGGUUUCAUGAAGUACCAGAGGCGAAGCGAGAAGUACAGGAAGCCAGAGACUAGGACCCGUGACUGGAAAGAGCUUUCUUCUCGCCUGGAUGAAGACGGCUUGAAGUACCAGGCAGCUCGAUGCAUGGACUGUGGCGUUCCUUUUUGUCAGUCUGAUACUGGUUGCCCAAUCUCCAAUAUCAUCCCUAAGUGGAACGAGCUCGUUUUCCAGAACCAAUGGCAAGAUGCUCUCAACCGCCUCCUGAUGACCAACAACUUCCCUGAGUUCACAGGCCGUGUCUGCCCCGCUCCUUGCGAAGGUGCUUGCGUUCUUGGUAUCAAUGAGGAUCCUGUUGGUAUCAAGUCCAUCGAAUGCGCCAUCAUCGACCGAGGAUUCGAUAUGGGUUGGAUGAUACCAAACCCUCCUCAAAAUCGCACUGGCAAGACCGUUGCCGUCAUUGGCUCUGGCCCAUCUGGCCUCGCAGCCGCAGACCAGCUCAACAGAGCGGGCCACACCGUCACAGUCUACGAGCGCUCUGACCGCGUUGGUGGGCUACUCAUGUACGGUAUCCCCAACAUGAAGCUGGACAAGACCAUCGUUCAGCGCCGUGUCGACUUCAUGGCCGAAGAGGGCAUCAACUUCGUCACCAGCUGCUCCGUCGGGCCUGACAGCGAAGUCAGCCUGCAAUCUCUACGCGAGGAGAACAAUGCUGUCGUCAUUGCUACCGGCGCCACUGUCGCUCGUGAUCUCAAGAUUCCCAACAGAGAGCUUGAGGGUAUCCAUUUCGCAAUGCAGUUCCUCCAUCGUAACACCAAAUCCCUUCUCGACUCCGGGCUCUCGGAUGGCGAAUACAUCUCCGCCAAAGACAAAGAUGUUAUAGUCAUUGGCGGUGGUGACACCGGUAAUGACUGCAUUGGCACUUCGGUCCGCCAUGGCGCUAAAUCGGUCACAAACUUCGAGCUUCUACCUCAGCCACCAGCUGAGCGUGCUCGCGACAACCCGUGGCCCCAGUGGCCGAGGAUCUAUCGUGUCGACUACGGUCACACGGAGGUCAAGACGCAUAUGGGUAAGGAUCCGCGCGAGUAUUGUGUCAUGUCCAAGGAAUUCGUUGGUGACGAUGAGGGACAUGUUUCUGGUAUCAACAUCCAUCGUGUUGAGUGGACGAAGAGUGUCUCUGGCGGCUGGGACAUGAAGACUGUUGAGGGUAGCGAGCAAUUCUUCCCAGCGCAACUGGUUUUGCUCUCCAUGGGGUUCCUUGGUCCCGAGGACCGCCUUCUAGGCACGGAGAUCGAGAAGGAUGCUCGCAAGAAUGUCAAAACACCUCCUGGGCAGUACAACACAAACCUAGGUGGCGUCUUUGCCGCUGGUGACUGCCGCCGUGGGCAAUCGCUCAUUGUCUGGGGCAUCAACGAAGGUCGCCAAGCUGCCCGUGACGUCGAUACCUACCUCAUGGGCGUUGGCACUCAGCUUCCCAAGACCGGCGGUAUCGUCCAGCGUGCUCCGUAUGAGAUCAUUGGCAAGCCAGAGCAGAUGAAGGCACAGGCCGUGGGUGCCUAA